AGGACGCAGACGAUGUUUAACAUGAGCCCAAGGUCUCUUAACGAUCAGCAAGAUAGCACCCUGCGCACCCGUUGUCGCCGUCCUUGUCAUCAGCGAACAGAUCCCACGUGGAGAAAGUGUUGGAAGAGAAAGACGAGUUUCAUUCAUCACCACACCUGAGGCGUCUGUUGUGACCAAAACAAACAUACACAAUGAUGGCGGAAUCUCUGCCGUACUGUGGCCCCGCAGGCACGCUAGCUGGGUGGGAGUUGGAAGCGUGGUACAAAGAUCUAGAGGACAUCUUGUGCUCAGACACACAGAACGCAGACUGCUUCCAAACAGAGCGCAAUAAGCAGAAUGGGUUUGUGCAAAUGGAUACAACAGAUGACUUAACAUACUUCUGGACGCUUGAACCCAUGAGUUCUUCUUUACCUGUGGAGCUUAGCCAUGAAGAUGUCGUUGCGUUGGAGGCUGAUGUAGACCAACUUCCUUCUGAAGUCUUAGAUUUUCUUAGCACCGGGACACCUGCUAGUUGCAGUGCUUCAUUGGACGCUGUGGAUGCUGGAACUAUUCAACAGACUGGAACUCUAGAGCAGGAAUGUUACAGCAGCUCUCCAACACAUACGCUUACAGAAGAUGAGGAAUCUAGUGCUGGCUCAUCUGGCACAAAGAGAAAGAGGAGAAGUCAACCAAGAGGAGGGAAGGUUCGGGUGAAGGAACGGGAACUAGAAAACGAAAAGAAAGUUGCCCAUUUAGUAUCGGAGAAUGAACGGUUAAAAGGAGAAAUUGAGCGCCUGAGUAUAGAGGUGGAGAAGACCAGAAAGGAUCUAAUAGAAAGGAUGGUGAACCUUAACAAGGUUUAACCUUUUGAAAGACUUUGCAAAAGGAAUGCUAUCUUACAAUGAGGUGUUUUGAACUGUGUACAUACCAAAUGACGGUGGGAUUUCCCUUGAAUUCAUGUUACUUUAGUCUUAACUUGGCUGGUUUGUGCGUAGCCCUUCUUAUAGUAUGUUUAUGUUCCUGUAUGGAUAUAGAUGUGAUUUAAGUAAGGACGAAGCUAAACUUUAACUUUUUUUUUGUGUUUUAUUUUUAUAUUAAUAUAAAGGCUGCUGCUCUUUUGUGUAUACCUGAUAUAAUGCAUAUUAAACUUAUCUGCAUGUCUCAAAAGCCUAGUAUUAAGUUACUUCUAUAUCUGCCUUCCAUAACCACUUGUACCCAAGGCAAAAACUACUUAAGCUAUCUAAAGUUCUGCAGAACAUUACUGCAUAUACCACUGUACUGU